CGUGAGGGCGCCUGGCACUUUACAGAGUGCCGAUAGAAAGUCAAGUCCGCCCAAGGCCCUUCCGAUAUAAUAUUUGUCACCGAAAAAGACAACAGUGGGAGGAGGAUGACAGGGAGGGCCAACUGGACAAAUAUGUGUUCAGUGUCCCUGUGCGGAGAGGGGAUGUCUAAGCUAGGAGGGAUUGUGCCCACGUCAUUGUGGGAAAGGGUGUUUUGUGUGGUGUUUUUUUUAGUUUUUAAAGAGGGAUCUGAAGGAAGAGAAAUAUCAAGGAGAGAAUUCUAGUCUUACCUGAUGUUUAAGUUCUUCGUUUGUGUUUUGUGACUCUUAACACUUUUCUAUUACUUAUGCAGUGAAUGAGAGUGGUUGGUGGUUCAUUUCACAAGCAGCUGUCAUUCAGAUCUAUGUUGCCUAGAAUGUGGUUUGAGGGAUUUUGAGAAGAGGGGUAGGAGUACAGUAAUCAUUGGAAGAAGGAAAAAAAGGAAUAGGGUGCAUGCAUGUUUGCCUUUAAUGCCUUUUGAGUGUGCACUUUUGCAUGUGCAUGCCCUACUUUGUAAGAAUGUUAAUGUGGGAUAGGAAAAGGGGGUAGGGGGGCAACGUAACUCUUUAAAAUCAGACCGCCAGAAUGAAUGCCUGUCUGUGUGACUGGCAGACAGCACAGGGAGGAAAGGGUCCAGGGCCAUUGGGACCCCCUGCCACUGAGCUCGUUUUGCCCUCACUGCAACACAGUCUGCAAAAGCAGGGCUCUAUGCCCACCCCGCCCCCAGUGAAUGACCACAUACACUUACAUGGAAGAAAGUAAAGGAGUAUGGUCAGGAUACUAGUGUGAUGGGAGCUAAAACUGCCCUUUGUGUAAUCUCACACAUUAUUAUUCAUCUUCAUAGCCUCAUCCUGGGUCAUGUUUCUGGGUCAUGCCACGUUGUGGCCUGAGAAAGAACAGGAUCUGACAGCUGUCCUAUUCCAUGAACCUCACUUGUGUUCUUCGUACCUUGUGGAGCUGGCCCACUGAGCUAUUCCCCUGACAGUAGGUUUAGUGCCUACUUUUUCCAAACCUCCACUAUGCAGAGUACCAUACGAUCAUUCUUCCAGCCUUUGGCACGGACAAAGCCUGGAAAAGAGACAACAGAAAAGAAAAUCCCGAAAGAGGAACUGACCCCAAAAAGAGAACCAGCACAUUCUGAACAGCUGGUGAAUGGUACAACUUUCUGUGCAGCCAAGAAAGUUGCCAAGCUCCAUAACAGUGAAGAGGAUUCUGGGAAGCCAGGAGAAAACGAUGUAGAGGGACGAGACUGCAAACAGGCAUCUGACUGUGUUCCUGAGCAAAAGAUUCCUGCAGAUAGCAUCGCUCCAAUAUCCUGCCCAACUGCCUCUAAUUCACCUGCACCCUCCAGCAUCCCCCGGCGUAGAACUGCACGCAAGCAGAUCCCCAAACAUAAAGCAGAGGAAGAAGCUGGCAGCCAUGACAAUACCCAGGAAAACCUUAGUGCCAAAAGAAGGAAAUGUGAUGAUGUUGAAGAUGAUUCAAGAAGGGAGCUGGAUGAGAGACCCAUAGAGGUGGAUGAGAGACCCAUGGAAGAAGCAGAAGAUAAUGAUUCAAAGCUGGUAGAGCAUAAAACAGAAAAAAAUGCAGAGAAAGAGAAAAUUCCAUUGCCUCCCAAAUCAUCCAGCAAGCCUAUUCCUAGUUUUUUUGCUCCCAGGAAAGCCUCUGUGAAAGCAGGGAAAAAGCAGGAGCCAGUGAUGAAAGAAAAUAUAUCUGCACCAAAGAGCUGUAAGGAAGUCAGAAGCCAUGAAUCUGAUAGCACAGCUGGUGGUACCCUCAAGCCAUCUCUUACACUUGACCCUGCCGAUUACAAACCUGCAAAGGGCAGCUAUCAUCCUAUCCAUGAUGCUUGCUGGGGCUCUGGCCAGAGGGUACCAUACCUGGCUGUGGCUCGUACUUUUGAGUGGAUUGAGGAGGAGUCUGCCCGGCUGAAAAUCAUAGAGACUCUCAGCAACUUGUUCCGCUCUGCUAUUGUUUUGUCUCCAGAAGACCUGCUGCCCUGUGUUUACCUUUGUCUCAAUCGGCUUGGUCCAGCAUACGAGGGCCUAGAGCUGGGUAUAGGCAAAACUAUCCUCAUGAAAGCCUUGGCUCAGGCCACUGGUCGGCAGCUUGACCAGAUCAAGGCAGAGGCAGCAGAGAAAGGGGACCUGGGUUUGGUGGCUGAGAGCAGCCGGACCACCCAAGGCAUCAUGUUUGCCCCACCCAAGCUUGGUGCUGCUGCUGUCUUUAGCAAGCUGCAAGCAAUUGGGCGCAUGACGGGAAGCUCUUCCAUGAACAAGAAGAUUGAUAUUAUCAAGGGCUUGUUUGUUGCUUGUCGCCACUCAGAGGCUCGUUACAUUGCUCGGUCACUGGAAGGGAAACUGCGGAUUGGGUUAGCAGAGCAGUCUGUCCUGUCAGCUCUAGCUCAGGCAGCAUCGCUCACUCCUCCAGGACAAAAAUUUCCUCCAGAGAUUCUGGAUGCUGCUAAGGGCAAGUCUGCAGAGGCACGCAAAGCGUGGCUGGAGGAGAGAGCCCUAAUUGUUAAGCAGGCCUUCUGUGAGUUGCCAAAUUAUGACAUAAUUGUGCCUGUCCUCCUGGAACAUGGUGUCCAGAGCCUGCCUCAGCACUGCAAGAUCACACCAGGAAUUCCUCUGAAGCCGAUGUUGGCCCACCCAACCAAGGGCAUUGGGGAGGUAUUAAAACGCUUUGAGGAGGCAGCUUUCACCUGUGAAUAUAAGUAUGAUGGGGAGCGAGCACAGAUUCACAUCCUGGAGAAUGGUGAAGUACACAUCUACAGCCGGAACCAGGAGAACAACACAACCAAGUACCCUGAUAUUGUUAGCCGUAUCCCUAAGAUGAAAAAGAGCACUGUACAGUCAUGUAUCUUAGAUACGGAGGCUGUAGCCUGGGACCCUGAUUCCAAACAGAUCCAGCCCUUCCAAGUACUGACCACCCGCAAGCGGAAGGAUGUGGAUGCUGCAGAGAUUAGAGUGCAAGUAUGUGUGUAUGCAUUCGACAUGCUGUACCUUAAUGGGCAGUCUCUGGUUCGGGAACCCCUAUCCAAGCGCCGGGCCUUGCUACGUGAAUCCUUCACAGAGACUGAGGGCCAGUUCCUCUUUGCCACUUCCAUGGACACUAGUAGCACUGAUGAAAUAGCUGACUUCCUGGAGCACUCCAUCAAAGACUCCUGUGAGGGGCUCAUGGUGAAAACACUGGAAGUGGAUGCCACAUAUGAAAUUGCGAAGAGGUCCCACAACUGGCUAAAGCUUAAAAAAGAUUAUCUCGAGGGGGUUGGGGACACCCUGGACCUGGUGGUGAUUGGUGCCUACUUGGGCAAAGGCAAACGUGCAGGAACAUAUGGAGGCUUCCUCUUGGCCUGUUAUGAUGAGGAGAGUGAGGAGUUCCAAAGCAUUUGCAAGAUUGGCACUGGAUUCACAGAUGAGGACCUGGAGAAACUGCAUAUGUCUCUCAAGGACCAUGUCAUUCCACAACCACGCCCUUACUACCGCUGGGGUGGAACAGCUGAGCCUGACCACUGGCUUGAGGCUCAGCAUGUGUGGGAGGUGAAGUGUGCUGACUUAUCAGUUUCCCCCGUCCACAAGGCAGCCACUGGCUUGGUGGAUGAGGAAAAAGGCAUUUCCCUACGCUUCCCAAGAUUCCUGCGUGUUCGAGAUGAUAAGAAACCAGAGGAGGCUACAUCAAGCACUCAGGUAGCUGAGCUGUACCAGAAGCAGCAGCAGAUCCAGAACCAGCAGUCAGUCGAAAAAGGAGAUGACGACUUCUACUAAGGGUGUUUCUCUACCACUCCCUUGCAGUGAAGCUGGAACCUUCACACUUGUCAGGCUUGGUCUUCUGAAUUCACCCCACCCUAUACCCACUUCUGGAGAUCAGUUUGAGGAGUAUGCUUAAACUGGGUGCUGCCUUUCAUUCCAGUGUAUAGGCAAGAACACCAUGCUGCUUUCCCUGUGUCUGCACAAUUGCAGGCAAGUUUUAAAUUGAGUCAGCUAAUAAACCCUGAUAUUUUGUA